CCCCGACCGUAUCUUAUAACUAUGUUCAAUGCACUCCACCUAUGACGCUUUACAAACAGGUUACUCUAUUGGUCAGCCUCUAAUGCCCUCCUUUCCAUCCCCUCAAAGCCCAUAGAUUCUGACUCGCCCUUUCUUUCUCAGCUCCAUCCCCACCGGAAGAAGUUUUCUCCUCAAGCGACAGAGCAAUAAUGGGGCCCGUAGCAGCCAUUCAUGUCUUCAUUUUCGCUCUCUUGAUUUCCAUUUCCGGUGCAGUGAUUUCCAGCGAGGUGGGCAUAAACUACGGUCAGCUAGGAAACAAUCUCCCAUCUCCUUCAAGGUCAGUGGAGCUUAUCAAAUCUCUCAAAGCCAAGCGAGUCAAAAUCUACGAUGCCAAUCCAGACAUUCUCAAAUCUCUCAAAAACACCGACAUCCAGGUCUCCAUUAUGGUCCCUAACGCCCUCAUACCGAACAUCUCCAAGAGCCAAUAUUUCUCAGACCAGUGGGUUAAAACCAAUGUUGUCCCUUACUACUCAGAUGUCAAAAUCCGAUAUCUCCUCGUCGGAAACGAAAUCCUCACCAAUCCUGACACGGGUACAUGGUUCAACCUCGUACCUGCCAUGCGUCGAAUCAAGAUUUCCUUAACAAGACACAACAUCCGCAAAAUCAAAGUGGGCACUCCAUCAGCAAUCAACGUUCUUGAAUCUUCGUUUCCACCGUCAAACGGCACGUUUCGUUCAGACAUUUCGGGUACGGUCAUUAAACCGAUGCUGCAAUUCUUGAACCGGACCAAGUCGUUUUUUUUCAUUGACUUCUACCCUUUUUUCGCUUGGUCCGAAAACGCACAUAACAUCAGUUUAGACUACGCUCUUUUUAAUGCCCAGAAUGUAACUUAUACGGACCCGGGUACAAACUUGACCUACACAAACCUCUUUGACCAAAUGUUUGAUGCUGUCGUUUUUGCGAUGAAACGCCUCGGGUAUCCGGGUAUUCGGGUUUUUAUAGCAGAAACGGGCUGGCCAAAUGGUGGAGAUUUUGAACAAUUCGGAGCCAAUAUUUACAACUCUGCCACGUACAAUCGCAACGUUGUAAAAAAGCUAGCCACAAUACCAGUAAUCGGCACCCCAGCCCAGCCCGGUGUGGUCAUACCCGCUUUCAUCUUUUCGUUGUACAACGAGAACCAAAAACCAGGUCCGGGAACGGAGCGACAAUUUGGGUUGUAUUAUCCGAAUGGGACAGAAGUGCUCGAGAUUGAUUUGAGUGGGAAGACACCGCUUUCGGGGUAUAAAAAGCCGUUGCCGUUGCCAACCAAUAAUGAGCCUUAUAAAGGGAAGCUAUGGUGUAUUGUGGCUAAGGAAGCCAACAGGAGCGCAGUGAAAGAUGCCUUAGCAUGGGCUUGUUCACAGGGGAACACAACCUGUGACAAGAUCCAACCCGGGAAAGGGUGUUAUAAACCGGUUUCAUUGUUUUGGCACGCGAGUUAUGCGUUUAGUUCGUAUUGGGCCGAAUUUAAGAAGAUUGGUGGGGUCUGCUCUUUCAACGGGCUGGCUACAACGACGGUUAAGGACCCAAGUUUUGGACAGUGCAAGUUCCCAAGUGUAACUCCUUGAGCGCUGUCUGUCCCUCUUCUGUAAAGCUAACGAGGAUGAUGCAGGAACUCACUCCCUGCCUAGGAUAUGUUGGAAUUAAAGGAACCAAGCAUUUCAUUGCUAUACACCCCUUUUAAUUGCUUUCACUAUUGAAAUAAGAUCAUCAUUUUUUCUAAUUAUUUCCGGUUCUUAUCUAAAUACAAUUCGCAAUUCAACCAUUAUCAGAGUGGGCACCUAAAUCACUUUCCUUUAUUA